AAUUAAAGUGCUGAAUUUUACAUGUUAAUGAAAAUAUAUCUAGAAGAGUUUUUUGACUAUUUCUUAAAGAAUUAUAUUAACUCCUUCAUCAUUCGCCUUUAGGUAUAGAAUUUGAUGAUUUUCCUGAAAUUUUUUGCUCUACAUAUUUCUAUGACGUUCAAACAAUUGAUUUCUGAACCAAUUACAGCUUAAUGAAGCUUCUAAUAAUCUUCCACUAUUAAUAAUUAGAUCUGUUAUAAACUCAUAUUUUAUUUAUGAGCAAAUAGAUUUUUCGAAAACUCAUAUGCCUCUUUGGCCCACACGUAUACUGCAAAUGUGGACGUGGGAAGAAUUUGGAAGACUUACAAGAAUGACUCAUAGUUCCAACCCAAUUGCUUAUGCAAAAUCAAUUUCAACUAUAUCCCAAUUGGCAUAAAGAACAGAAAAAAAUCCAGGGAAGAAAACAUGAGUUAAUAUUUCAAUUAAGGGUUUUGGUGCAGAAAAAGCAGGUGAUUCAAUAGCAGAUAAAGAAGCAAACGAAAGACGCAACGAUGGAGAAAGCUGUGAGAAAGGAGGAACCAAAGGAACUAUAUGAAGAAACAGACGACAAUGCAAGGAAAAUCAUGCAAGAACUAAAGUUCAAAGAAGAAGGAAUCCAGGAUGAGCCUAGACAGAGAGCUGAGGCAGAUAGAGAAGCAGCAGCUGCUAGGGGAAGUGCAGCAAAAACGAAUAUCUAUAGUGCAAUGGGGGAUCUAACAGAUUCUAUCAAGGAGAAGUUUAACAAUGCCAAGUGACAUAGUCGAGGAGACACGUGCAGCACGAGAGCUGGGUGGAACAAAGACGGAUAUUGAUGAGGAGAGUCAUGUUGCUAAAUCAGGUUUUGUUUUCACAACAGCAAAGGAUGACACAAAUUCAUAGACUGAUCUUUAGCUUGCAGGAUGAGUGUCAAGUUGUUCCCACUUAUUUUCUUUUAGUCUAUGUUGCUAGGACUUCUCAAAGUGUGUCGAAACCUUCAAAAGGAGUGCAUUUUUGGAGGAUCCUACUUGGUGUAACACAUUUUUAGAGAGUCCGAGCAACUUAGUCUUUAGUUUUAGCGACUCCCUUCCGGGCUUCUCCUAUAAAAGAAACUAGGCAUGUAUAAGUGCCUCUGUGUUUGGUCCAAUUCUUUUCUAUUUUGUUUAUAGAGCAAGUAUUAUGUAAGCAAAUUUGAAGUAAUGAUAAGUAUGUCCAUCACGUCUACCAAAGCUUAUAUUAUGAUCGUUUCAUCUGCUGGAUGCUAGGAUGUUGUAACUUGUGAGGAAGUAUUGUGUUAUUAAAGAACUCUUUCCAAUAUAUCGAAUGAUUUCAACUUUUGAUGUGGAAGUUGUGAUGGUGCAGAGAUGGAAACAGGAGUCGAUGCAUCUAGAUUUCCAUGUAGAUCAUGGUCAUGCAUUAACAUGGAAAAUUGUGCCUUCUCGAAGUUGUGAUUUACAGUUUGUUGGGGUCUAUCGGAAAUAAUAAAUGUUUUAGACCAACAGAUAAAAAAAUAUUCUCUAAAAUAUUACAUGUACUUAUAUUUAGGGGUGUACAAACCAAACUAUCAAGUCAAACCAA